UGCAAGGCCUCUUUCAAAGCUGCAAACCCUGAACAAAGAUGGCAAAACUCGAGCCAAUACUGUGUCCAUGGGAUUGUGGCAAUUGUUUGUUGUCAUGACAUACCCCUAUAUUUAACAAAUUUGAUAGACACUGGAGAGAAGCAUUUCUAUACUGUUACCCUCAUGCAAAAGGUGAUGGAUCAGCUCCCUGCUGCAGCAACUGUCAGUGUACUGUACAACAUUGCUUGCCAGGCACACAGAUCUGUGAAUAAGCAUGGUCUGAUGCCCAAGCUUCAAGGUCAGAUUACAUGGGCAACCUCUGUCCUGCAUGCAUAUGGACAUCAGUGGGCCUGCCAACUUCACUUUCACCCUUGA